AUGCCACCAAUUCGCUCUCAAUCCUCUAAAGAUUCAAUAGAGAGAGAGGGUAGGAUCUUAUUAGCUAUCCAGGCUUUUAAGAAUAAAGAAAUCAGCGCUAUUCGCGAAGCAGCGCGCCGUUUCAAAGUGCCCGAAUCAACCCUCCGGACACGUCUUUAUGGGACCACUUCUCGCGCGAAUUCUCGCGCCAAUUCACAUAAACUGAUAGAAAUUGAAGAGGAAUCUCUUGAAAAAUGGAUUCUCUCUAUGGAUUCUCGAGGAUCAGCUCCCCGGCCGUCUAUGGUACGAGAAAUGGCGAAUCUUCUUCUUGAAAAGCGCGGAACUACCCCGGUUCUUUCGGUCGGCGAAAAUUGGGUGACGAACUAUGUGAAACGACAUCCUCUUCUAUCCUCUCGGUUUUCGAAACGGUAUAACUACGAGCGUGCGAAAUGCGAAGACCCGAAGGUUAUUACAGAGUGGUUUAAUCUUGUUCAAAAAACCAUCUUACAAUUCGGGAUCGACCCGGACGACGUUUAUAACUUUGAUGAGACCGGUUUUGCGAUAGGAUUAACGGCGACUGCGAGGGUGAUUACGAGAAGUGAAUAUUACGGUCGGCGAGCACUUUUACAACCUGGAAAUCGUGAAUGGGUGACUGUUAUCGAGUGUACGAAUGCUGCUGGCUGGGCUCUUCCGCCGUGUGUGAUUUUUAAAGGCAAAGUCUUUAUUGAAUCCUGGUUCGAUAGCCUUCCUUCUGACUGGCGUUUUGAAGUUAGUCCUAACGGCUGGACUACUAAUGAAAUUGGGAUUCGUUGGCUUGAAAAGCUCUUUAUUCCUACUACUUCUUUAUAUACGAAGGGGUGUAUCGGCUUUUGA